AUGAAAGGCUUCAGGCAACGGGUUCAUGAGCAGCUCUCGCGCGCGAAAGACUCAAACAAAUCUUCCAAAUCCAAGAAUAAAGAGUCUAAGGACGGAACCUCGUCGCCAUCACAAGCAAGCUCGAGAGAAGCAGCACAAUCUCCAGUUGCGACCCCAUCUUCCUCGACAACUGCGCUGAACGAUCCUCGCAAUAAACCGCUGCCACCAAACGAUGGUGGGGCUUCGAACGCAUCAACAUCCAGCCCUGCUUUGCAGCCACAAUCGGGAUCGAUCAAUUCGCUAAAUCCAGGACACAGCACAAUGGCAAAUCCGGAUCGAUUCAAUAGCAUCGGAGGAAAUGCACCAAGUGCUGGUGGAUCAGGCACUCCUAGUCGCCAUGGUCAGCUCCCUCCGAGUGUUAUUAUUAGUCCAAGUGCACCACACAUUCCUCCUCCAGGUGCAGCAGAGACGAUGCCUCACGAUCUUGCUCCUCCAAAAGCCGGCCAAAAGUCUCUGAUGUUUGACCGCUUACAAACAACCCCGAAAGAUGUCCCCGAAGGAAUCAGAACGCCGAAGAGACAGCAUUCCUCGAGGUUCGAUAUCUCUCCACAACGAGAAUUGGAGAAGCUGCCAGGCUUCCACGAAGUUCCCCCCAAUCGCCGGCAGGACCUCUUCAUGCAGAAGAUCGAUCAAUGCAACGUCAUCUUCGACUUCAAUGACGCCAGUGGUGAUAUGAAAUCGAAAGAAAUCAAGCGACUGGCGCUUCAUGAGCUGCUAGACUACGUUGCGAAUAACAGGCAGGUGAUUACAGAGGCAAUGUAUCCAAGAGUGGUGGACAUGUUCAGCAAGAAUCUUUUCCGGCCGAUUCCACCGCCAAUGAAUCCUCAAGGAGAAGCCUUUGACCCAGAGGAAGACGAGCCUGUUCUUGAAGUCGCCUGGCCCCAUAUCCAAGUCGUGUACGAAUUCUUCCUGAGAUUCAUCGAGAGCCAAGAUUUCAACACCAACAUCGCCAAGGCGUACAUAGAUCACAGCUUCGUAUUGCAGCUUCUCGAGCUGUUCGAUUCUGAAGAUCCCCGAGAACGAGACUUCUUAAAGACGACUUUGCACCGAAUAUACGGCAAGUUCCUCAAUCUGCGGUCAUACAUACGAAGGUCCAUGAAUAAUGUCUUUUUCCAAUUUAUCUACGAGACGGAACGAUUCAACGGCAUUGCGGAGUUAUUAGAAAUUCUCGGGUCUAUCAUCAACGGAUUCGCCUUGCCCCUGAAGGAAGAACACAAGCUUUUCCUUACUCGGGUACUAAUCCCAUUGCACAAAGUCAAGAGCCUGAGCAUGUAUCAUCCACAGCUGGCAUACUGCAUUGUCCAAUUCCUGGAAAAGGAUGCCGCUUUGACGGAGGAGGUCGUCCUUGGGUUGUUACGUUACUGGCCGAAAGUUAACAGCACGAAGGAGGUUAUGUUCUUGAACGAGGUUGAGGAUAUCUUCGAGGUCAUGGAUCCAGCCGAAUUCGCAAAAGUUCAAGAGCCGCUGUUCCAUCAACUUGCAAAAUCAGUGGCAAGUCCUCACUUCCAGGUUGCAGAGCGUGCUCUUUACUUUUGGAACAACGAAUACUUCUGCAAUCUUGUUAGCGACAAUGUGGAGAUCAUCCUUCCAAUCAUGUUCGCUCCACUUUAUGAGAACUCGAAAGGACACUGGAAUAGGACAAUCCAUGGCAUGGUAUAUAAUGCCAUGAAGCUCUUCAUGGAAAUCAACCCACAGCUCUUCGAUGAUUGCUCACACGAUUACACCGAGAAUCAGAACAAUGCAGAGGCCCGCGAGCAGGCAAGAGAAAGCAAGUGGAAAGCUCUCGCAGAACAAGCCAAGCGUGCGAAGACAAACGGCGUUGUCCGUCCUUCUGCCGUCACCAAUAACUCAACACGAUCGAAAAGCAAGGUUGACGAGCUAGAUCCAAUCACCGAGGACAACCAGAAGAGAUUGGAUUCAUUGAAGCUCCAAGAUGGAGAUCGGAGAGAGCGAAGACCAACUCAUGAUCGACAAAACUCGGUAGGCUCCUCCAGAAGCCAGCGAUGA